AUGAUCUAUCCAUGUCACCGUGAUUAUGCGAGUUCAGCCUCUAAACCUCCUGUAUUUUUAAGCCGCAGUUUUGUGCAAAUUAUCCUCGAAAUAUCGUAUUCUUAUUUUUAUAAAAAAAUGUUCGAUUCAUUGCCACUUAAAUGCCUUUCCUUUAAAGCUUUUGAUAAAACUUAUGCCAGUUUUAAAAGGGAAAUUUGUGAACGUUUUUCCCCAUUCGCCUUGCCUUUAUGCGGUUGUGUAGGAAUCCAAGCGAAAAAGUCUUUGCACCAACAAGUUUCUACAAAAAAAGCCAAAAAACUACAAAAAUGUGAAGACCAGGUAGCAAAAGAGAACUCAGCUAAAAUAACACUUGGAAAUUGA